UGUGUGUGUGAGAGGGAGAGAGAGUGAGAGACAGGGGGAGCAGACUCUUGCUUUUCCAUAUGUGGUGAAGUAGAGGAGAGACAAGAAGACAGGGAGAAAGGGAGUGGGAGAGUGCAGGAGAGAGGUGUGGAGUAAUAAGAGAAGAGAGGGGGAGAGAGAGGGAGAGGGUCCGCUAAGCCUAGAGACAGAGCUGGAGACAGAAGGUCAGAAAUCACCGCUGACAAGUUGUGCUUCCCAGUUGUGCUUCCCAGUUGUGCUUCCCUCUGUCCUCUUCAGUCCAGAUGACAUCAUCAGGGCUCCUGUCUCAUGGCUGGCAGCGGCGGUUGCUGCUGGCUUUGCUGAAGCUCAUGGUGUUCUGCUCGGGCCCGGCGCAGGCAGCCAAUGGGAGAGCAUGCUCAGCGCGAGGGCCCGCCUCUUACAUACUGGUGUUCACGGGGCACUGGAGCCCCCGAGCUUUCCCCAAACAGUACCCGAUUCACCGCCCUCCUGCGCAGUGGUCCAAGCUGAUAGCUAUGACCCACAAUGCGCAGUACCGUCUGUGGAGGGAGGGGGAGCUGGCGAGCCCCGGCGUCCGCAGCUUCACGAAACGUGGCGUGACUGCGGACCUGGGGAGGGAGGGCCGCGAAGCACGGAAGAGGCGGGCCGUCGGUGGCAUGUACCGCACCGCCGGCGUGCCCACGGGCACCGGGCACAGCUCCACUGAGCUGCUGAUGCAGCCCAGACACCCCCAGCUCUCCAUGAUGGUGAAGGUAGUUCCCAGCCCUGACUGGUUUGUGGGAGUGGACAGUGUCAACCUGUGUGAGGGGGACCGGUGGCGACAGGAAGUCACCUUUGAUCUCCACCCAUUUGACGCAGGAACAGAUAGCGGCUUCACCUUCUCCUCGCCCAAUUACCCCACCAGCCCACCUGAGAGUAUUACACAGAUCACCUCUCAGGAGCCCAGUCACCCGGCCAACUCUUUCUACUAUCCUCGGCUGUCAGAGCUCCCCCCGCUGGCCACUGUGAGGAUAACGCGCCAGCGUCGGAUCCCUGCCCGCCAAACCUCUCUGUCCAAUCACAUUCUGCCCCAGUACUUCUCGGAAACGCCGCUGGACUGUGAGGUCUCUCUCUGGUCGUCCUGGGGUCUGUGCACGGGGUCCUGUGCCAGUGGCAGUGUCAGACACCGGACUCGUUACAUCCUGCUGCGCCCGGCCAACAGCGGCUCCCCCUGUCCCGAGCUGGAGGAGAGGGCGGAGUGCAGUCUACGCCUGUGCCUAUCCCAGCAAUGAGGCGCUCCAUCCCACCCCCAAAAACAGUCCUGACUACAGCUGGAAUCCACUGUGCUGAGGCAGUACACACACGCAAACGCAUGCACGCAUGUGUGCACACAUACACAUGCGCAAGCACGAACACGCACACAUA